CGGGCGGGGCUAUUGCGUCAUCGCGUCAGGCCGUGACCGCGGACGUGGCAGCGCCGGAGACUCCGAGAGACCGGGAGCGGGCCCCACACCGACACCGAGACCGUGACCGACACCGACAGACAGGGCCGGGGCUGCAGGCAGUGGUAAAACCAUUUUGGGGAUGAUCCUGGUUAAAUAAGGAUGAAUCAACAGGGUCACAUGGCAUCUUAUGGGCAGCCCCAAUCUGGUUACCAAGGGUACCAACAGUUCGGAUACAACAGUCAGCAUACGGCGGGUGUUCCAACCUCUCAAUAUGGACCAUAUAAUGGACCUGUUCAAGGUUACCAACCAACUGCUGUUCCACAAGGUCCAUUAAGGACAGCAGCAGGUGCACCCCCAACCUCAUUACCUCUCUCAACAGCUGCACAGUCAACAGCCUACAACCAGUAUGGACAGGGGGAUGUUCAGAAUGGUCCUGCAAUGUCUGACCAGUUACAACGAUUUCCAGUCUCUCAACCAUACAUGCCUGGUAGUCAUCCGAUGCCCUAUCAACAAUAUGCACCCCUGCCCAAUAAUACACAACAGUUACCAAAUCAAAUGGCAGCAAUGCAGAUCAGUGGUUCUACAAGUAAUGCACCACCACCACCUGCCAGUCAGAGUUACGGGCCACCGACAUCUCAUCAUCAAACAACAACAAGUUUUCCGCUCACUGGUCCAGCUUCGUAUACGCAAUAUCCUACUCCGCUACAAAAUAUUCCCUCGAGUGUACCUCAGAGUGGUAACCCUCCCCAACAUCCCUUUCCUGGGCAACCAGUCCCAGUGUCAACCUUCACCUCGUCUCCCACAUCUACAGGUUUGACUGGCUCAACUCUCCUUCCUCCAUCUGGGGUGCCAAGACCCCCAGUAAUGCAUGGACCACCACUGUCUGGACAGCCUCAGGCAGGCCUUCCCCCAUCCCAGCAUCCGACAGGACAUUACCCACCUCAACUGAACCACAGACCCGCAGGUCUUCAGUCUGGUAUGCCAGGGGUAGUGACUGGCCCACCAGCUCAGGGCUUUCAAGCACAUCCAAGUCAACCCAGUCAGGGACUUGCGCCUCAACAGAAUGGUUCUUUUGGACAAGUGAGGUCGCCCCAACCGAACUUUGCUGCACCUUACACUGGAGCACCAAGUUACCCCAGUCAACCCCAACCACAGCAGAAAAGGCUGGACCCAGAUAGCAUUCCUAGCCCACAACUUAAUGAACUGCCACCUCAACAGAAAACAAGACAUAGAAUAGAUCCAGAUGCAAUUCCUAGUCCAAUCCAAGUGAUUGAAGAUGAUAAGUCAAACAGAGGAACUGAACCAUUCUCAACCGGUGUGAGAGGUCAAGUUCCACCACUUGUGACUACUGACUUUGUGGUAAAAGACCAAGGGAAUUCAAGUCCUCGAUUUAUUCGAUGUGCGGCUUAUAAUCUUCCUUGCACUUCAGAUAUGGCAAAGCAGUGCCAAGUUCCCCUUACUGCAGUUAUUAAACCACUUGCUACAUUACCAGCUGAUGAGGCACCCCCUUAUAUUGUGGACCAUGGGGAGACUGGUCCAAUAAGGUGCAAUAGGUGCAAGGCUUAUAUGUGCCCCUAUAUGCAGUUUAUUGAAGGUGGACGGAAGUUUCAGUGUGCGUUCUGCAGCUGUGUCACUGAAGUACUGCCUCAUUAUUUCCAACAUUUGGAUCACACCGGCAAGCGAAUGGACUGCUAUGACCGACCAGAACUGUCGCUUGGUUCCUAUGAAUUUUUAGCUACUGUAGACUACUGCAAGAACAACAAAAUCCCUAAUCCACCUGCUUUCAUCUUUAUGAUUGAUGUGUCUUACAAUGCACUGAAGAGUGGGCUUGUUCAACUGCUAUGUGAGGAGCUUAAAACUCUAUUAGAUUACCUUCCAAGGGAGGGCAAUGCAGAAGAAUCGGCAAUAAGGGUUGGAUUUGUAACUUACAACAAAGUUCUGCAUUUUUACAAUGUGAAAAGCUCAUUAGCCCAGCCACAAAUGAUGGUGGUGUCUGAUAUUACUGACAUGUUUGUACCAUUGCUUGAUGGAUUCCUGGUUAACAUAAAUGAAUCGCGGGCUGUGAUAAACAGUUUGUUAGAACAGAUUCCUGAGAUGUUUGCUGACACACGAGAGACUGAGACUGUGUUUGGACCAGUCAUUCAGGCUGGUUUGGAAGCUCUUAAGGCAGCAGAGUGUGCUGGUAAAUUGUUCAUAUUUCACUCAACUUUGCCUUUGGCUGAAGCACCUGGAAAAUUGAAGAAUAGGGAUGACAAGAAGCUUAUUAACACAGACAAGGAAAAAGUUCUGUUUCAACCUCAGACUAGUUUCUACAAUAACCUCGCCAAGGAAUGUGUGGCACAAGGCUGCUGUGUGGAUCUCUUCCUCUUUCCCAAUCAGUAUGUGGAUGUGGCUACUUUAGGGUUGGUAACUUACCAAACUGGAGGUUCUAUUUACAAGUACACAUUUUUCCAGGCACAAGUAGAUGGGGACCGCUUCCUAAAUGAUCUGCACAGAGAUGUCCGAAAAGUGAUUGGGUUUGACGCAGUGAUGCGGGUGCGCACCAGCACAGGGAUUAGAGCGACUGAUUUCUUUGGCUCUUUCUACAUGAGUAAUACAACUGAUGUUGAGCUGGCUGCAUUAGACUGUGAUAAAGCUAUCACUGUGGAGUUCAAACAUGACGACAAGUUAAGUGAAGAUGUUGGAGCUCAGAUUCAAUGUGCUCUGCUGUAUACCAGUUGCAGUGGACAGAGGAGGUUACGUAUACACAACUUGUCUCUUAAUUGUUGUACUCAGCUUGCUGAUCUUUACCGAAACUGUGAGACUGACACACUUAUCAACUACUUUGUGAAACUAGCAUAUCGUGGCGUACUGAGCAAUCCCACAAAGACUGUGCGCGAUAACCUAAUUAACCAGUCUGCUCAGAUUCUCGCAUGUUACCGGAAGAAUUGUGCGAGUCCAUCAUCAGCUGGACAGUUGAUUCUGCCUGAGUGCAUGAAGCUACUGCCUGUGUACCUGAACUGUGUAUUGAAGAGUGAUGUCCUGCAGCCUGGAACUGAGAUCUCCACUGAUGAUCGCGCCUAUAUCCGUCAACUUGUCACAUCUAUGGAUGUAGCAGAAACCAAUGUGUUCUUCUAUCCUAGGCUUUUACCUGUGCACAAAAUGGAUGUGGAUAGUGAUGACUUCCCAGUGGCCAUUCGUUGCUCAGAGGAGCGAUUAUCAAAGGGUGGUAUCUACCUGUUGGAGAAUGGAUUGAACCUUUUCAUUUGGGUUGGAAUGAAUACACAGCACGACCUCAUCCAGAGUAUCUUUAACGUGCAGUCAUUUGGACAGAUUGAUUCUGCAAUGACUGCUCUACCAAUGCUGGAUAAUCCUUGCUCAAAAAAAUUACGAUCCAUGGUUGAUAUGAUACGUGCUCAGAGACCCAGGUUUAUGAAGCUCAUGAUUGUGAAGCAAGAUGACAAAAUGGAGCUGCUCUUCAAACACUUUCUCAUGGAGGAUAAGAGUGUGAAUGGUGGAGCCUCAUACGUGGACUUUCUCUGCCACAUGCACAAAGAGAUUCGACAGCUACUCAGCUAAACUUUGGGGGUGUAUGGGGUUUGGGUGGGGCCGAGCUGUUUACACGACAAGAGAUGCUUCUCAAUGGGCCCAACAAUCUUGGGAGUAAACAAGGGUCCUGUCUGUCAGGAGCUGCCACAGAGGCAACAUGGGCAUGUGGCUAACUUGUUAAUACUGAUGUAAUGUAAGGAAUUAAUAGUACAGUAUAAUGUAUAUGAUUUAGAAUCUUAUAUGAGAGCUAUCUUUUCAACACUGGUAUUGCUGUGUUCCUUGUGUAUGAGGAGAUGAAAAGAAAUGCACUGAGUGUGGUUGGAUGUAUGAAAGAGCAAGCUCCUGAUACACAAGCUUUCAACUCAAUAAAUUGAACAAAAUCCAA